AUGGAAAAAUAUAAUUUUUCUGAACUUAUUGCAUAUCAAGCUUCAAAUAUAAAAGUAGUGAACUCUGAAACUGAGUUAAAAAUGAUUUUGGAUAUUAAAAAUGACAAAAACUUUCCACUGAAUCGUCGGAUGUCCUCCGCAUGGCUAAAAGCUAUAAAAUAUGCCAAUCAGAGGAAUACAAAUUCCCUUGACAAUGCCACACAACGUGCCAUACGACUGCGUGAAGAAGGAAAUAACUACUACAGUUCAAAAUCUGGUUGUAAAUUUGAUAAUAUGAUCAACGCUGGUCAACGGUAUACUCAAGCUAUAUUUGCUGCCAUCGGAAAUACUGAGGCUUUAGCUCUGGCCUAUGCCAAUCGGGCAAUGGCAUUACAGGAACUGGAAUAUUAUCAACAAGCGUACGAUGAUUGUGUUUGUGCACUUGAGACCAAACAUUAUCCAAUGAAACUUUUACAUAAAAUUAAAGUACGACAGGCUUUUUGUGCGUACUAUUUAAAGGAUUAUGAGAAACUAAAAACACAUUUAGAAGAACUUGGGAAAAGUACUUUAAACGAGAAUUUCACUCAGAGAGUACAAGAAUUAGAGAAUGGGUUAAAAAUUCUUAGUAAGGAAAUCCAAACAGACGAAACCGCUGAGAAAAAUGUGCAAUUAAGGGAAUCAACCGAAGUAGUUGACUCAAAAGAAGCUGGCCGUGGGAGAUAUAUAAUUGCUAAAAAGGCUAUACAAUCUGGUGAAGUAAUUUUUAGUGAGAGGAUCAGUUCUUUUGUACCUGUAGAAGGCUGUCAAAUAUGUCAACAAUGUGCUGCUAUGCUAAUGAUACCGAUUCCUUGUCAUGACUGUGAUUGUAGAAUUAUUUACUGUUCAUUAAAAUGCCGACGAAUCCAUGAAAAUAUACACCAAAAUGAAUGUAUGGGAUAUCACUGUCGAUUAUUUGAACAAAUUGGCAUUUCCCACUUAGCCCUACGCGUUGUACUAGAGGAUUUGCCUGAAAUACUGCCACUAGUUUCACAAGAAAACGACAUUGAUAAACUUUGGCAAUCACUUUCCAAACCUGAAGAUUUGCUAUGUAACAAAACUGGUGCGAAUUAUAUACAGACACUACAAAUGGUCACACAUCUGCAAAAAAUGACCUUACCGAAUAAAAUUUGGUUUGCUUUAGUGGCCGAUUUACUAGUCGUAUACCUUAAAGAUUACACGAGUUUCUUCGCAAUUACAAAGAAAACCAAGCUGGAGCAAUGUGACUGGGAGACAAUAGUCAGUGCCCUUAUAUUUCGUCAUAUUGGCCAGUUUAUUGUCAAUGCGCAUACCUGCCCUUCUCUUACGCCAACCUGUUACGAUGUGAAAUCCACUAACACCAGAUUUGGCACUCUUCUGAUUUCUCAUAUAUGGACAAAACCUUUCCACAUACGACGUGGGAUGUUACAUGUGUUUAGUGAAACUCAAGAAGUAUCGGCAGCAAAUCUUCCAUACCUUAGUAUAUGUAAUCAUGCCUGUGGACCCACACUAAGUCCAAAAUUCUCAGGAAGAAACUUCUAUGCAUUGGCUGAUAGUAAUAUAGACGAAGGUGCUGAAAUUUUUAAUUGUUAUACAAGUACCUAUCGAAAUUCGCUGAGAGAUAUUCGUAGGGAAUACUUGAAUGAAACUUAUCAAUUUAAUUGCACGUGCACACAUUGUCAAAAAGAUGACCCUGAUGCAUCAUACCUAAAAUACCAUAUUUAUAAAUGUAGAAAUCCAACAUGUGGUGAAAAAUUUAUACCCACAUGUAGUCAAGACGAUACCACAGCUAUUUAUUGGUGGCAACUAGAAAACGGAGGUGUAUCGUGUACGAAAUGCUCUAAGGAACAAAAUGUGGACUGGUUUAUAAAGUUUAAAAAGUUACUAGAAAACACCAAUAACAUUCAAAGUCGUAUGGAACUAUUUCGUAUAUAUGACAUGAUCGAUGAUUUUUUAAUGGAUUUCCAUUCAUUAAAAAUGGAAAUGGCGAAUGAUUUGGCGCUGUUGUAUAUAAAAUCUUAUAAUGGUGGCGAAAAAUUCACAGAAUUCGAGUUGAGUAAAUUAGUCGCUGUUCUUAAAUUUUGUCAAAAAGCGACCAUUGAUCGAUGGGGCUUACAAUCCCUUGAGUACGUUACUAAAAUGUCUGUUAUAUGGGAUUUAAUAGCCGUUGGAAUAUAUCAAAGUCCACAAUUAGAAUUGAAGACAAUGCUGCAAGCACUUGAUGUAAUAUCAGAUGAAUAUAAACUCGUGUUUUUGAAUUAUUAUAAAGAUUACAUAAAAGAUAAAUAAAAUAAUAUAUUAAGA